AUGGUAGUAAAAAGAGGGAAGAAGACGAUUGUGGAUCCUGACAUUCAUACAAUGUGUCUGCCUUACAGGACCUACUGCAGCAAGCGUACUACAAUUACCUAUGCGCACGGCGAUUUCUGCAUCCGAUGCAUCGAUGGUUGAGGCCAUUGGAGAUCAAUUUUGGUCCUGAAUCCGAAUGCAUGCGUUUCAUCCUCUCUCAUGCCAAGUGGAGGCAAUUCAAAUAUGGAAUGAAUCUCAACUGGAGUACAACAACAGUUGUGCUUUUCAUUGUCUUACCGAUGGUGCUUUGGCUCGAAAAGGACCCUGCACAAGCUCUCUUGAAUUCCCAUGCCUUCAACUUCCUCCUCAUCCUUGUAAGCAAGAGACAUCAUGAAAGACCCGUUUCUGUAGAUACCACUUGCUGAUCUACAGGACGAUAUUGGCGAUCAGAAACUAGUUCAGCUCUUUGAGCGAGAGCACGUGACCUACUGCUUCAAGGAAGUCAGCAGUAAGCUCGAUGCUAUUCGCGAAAAAUUCGAGGAAGCUUUCGAUAAGAUUGAGGCAAGCGAGAACGGGGCAUUCGCUCGAAACUAUGGCUCUACACGUGAAAGGUCAAGCCAAAAAAUGCUUCAAACAGGAAAAACUCGUCUGUGCCUUUAG